ACGUACCAUCCACAACUCAUUGCUCUUCACUCCAAAACAUAAACAAUAACUUAGAAAAAAAAAAAAACAGAUCAAAUCAAGAAUGUCGAUCUUUCUCUAUCUCCUUUUGCUCUUGCCUCUCUUUUUUAUCUUCUUCAAAAGGCUCUCAACUUCUAAAGGGAAGCUUCCUCCUGGACCUCUUGGUCUUCCGAUUAUCGGAAACUUGCACCAACUUGGAAAAUCUCUCCAUAGAUCUUUUCAUAAACUCUCUCAAAACUAUGGACCCGUGAUGUUUCUACAUUUCGGUGUGGUCCCUGUGGUUGUGGUCUCCACAAGAGAAGCAGCUGAAGAAGUUCUCAAGACUCAUGAUCUCGAGACUUGUACCCGACCAAAGCUAACCGCGACCAAGUUGUUUUCUUACAACUACAAAGACAUUGGCUUCGCUCAAUACGGUGAUGACUGGAGAGAGAUGAGGAAGCUUGCGAUGCUCGAGCUCUUUAGCUCGAAAAAGGUCAAGGCUUUCAGGUAUAUAAGAGAAGAAGAGAGUGAAUUCCUUGUCAAGAAACUCUCGAAAUCUGCUGAGACACAAACUAUGGUGGAUUUGAGAAAAGCGCUUUUCUCUUAUACUGCUAGCAUCAUAUGUAGACUCGCUUUUGGACAGAACUUCCAUGAGUGCGAUUUUGUCGAUAUGGACAAAGUUGAAGAGCUUGUGCUCGAGUCUGAGACCAAUCUUGGCUCAUUCGCGUUCACUGACUUCUUCCCCGCCGGUCUUGGGUGGGUUAUAGACCGGAUCUCUGGCCAACAUUCGGAGUUGCACAAAGCCUUUGCCAGACUUAGUAAUUUCUUCCAACAUGUGAUCGAUGAUCACUUGAAGCCCGGGCAAUCUCAAGAUCAUUCAGACAUCAUUGGUGUCAUGUUAGAUAUGAUCAAUAAAGAGAGCAAAGUCGGUUCCUUUGAAGUCACCUAUGAUCAUCUUAAAGGAGUCAUGUCGGAUGUGUUUUUAGCCGGAGUUAACGCAGGAGCGAUCACAAUGAUAUGGGCGAUGACAGAGCUAGCUAGACAUCCGAGAGUGAUGAAGAAACUUCAACAAGAGAUUCGAGCAACUCUUGGAGACAACAAAGAAAAAAUCACGGAACAAGAUCUCGAAAAGGUUCAUUACCUGAAACUUGUGAUCGAAGAAACAUUCAGAUUACAUCCACCAGCUCCUCUCUUGCUUCCAAGAGAGACAAUGUCCGACUUAAAGAUUCAAGGCUACAAUAUCCCCAAGAACACGAUGAUCGAGAUCAACACUUAUUCAAUAGGACGCGAUCCUAAUUGCUGGGAAAACCCUAACGAUUUCAAGCCCGAGAGAUUUAUCGAUAGUCCUGUCGAAUAUAAGGGUCAACAUUACGAGUUGUUGCCUUUUGGUGCUGGUCGCAGGAUUUGUCCUGGAAUGGCUACGGGUAUAACUAUCGUCGAGCUCGGUUUACUUAACGUUCUCUACUUCUUUGAUUGGAGUUUGCCUGAUGGAAUGAAAAUUGAAGACAUAGACAUGGAAGAAGCUGGAGCUUUCGUCAUUGCCAAGAAAGUCCCUCUUGAGCUGGUCCCAACAACACAUCAGUGGUGAAGUAUUGAAGAUGUGUAAAUAGUAUAAUAAGAUCAAGAUUUCUCUGCGAGACUCUCUUGCAAUCGGUUUGAUUUUUAUUUUGUUGUUGUUUUCAAGUUCAUGUGUUGUUCUUAUGCGACUGUGACGUUAGUUAUCAAUAUAUACUCUUCUUUUCUAGUAUC